UUGAUGGCAAAUUCAGCCCUUCAUUACAGGCACUCCAUUCGCAUGGUUGCUACACUUCCCUUUCUUCUCUCACUUGCAUACAUCUUCACAACUGUAACUGCACAAAGACAGAUCAACAUAAGCCUCGGUGCUUCUCUCACACCCACCACCACCACCAGCACCAACGCCUCCUGGCUCUCGUCUUCUGGUGUCUUUGCAUUCGGGUUCUAUCAGCGAGGCAACGGUUAUGCAAUUGGAGUUUUCCUUCCACGAACUUUGCAUAAAACCACGGUCUGGACCUACAACCGAGAUGACCCUCCGGUCCCAAGCAAUUCCACCCUGCGUUUCACCCGUGACGGGAGACUAGUCCUACAGUCUGCAGAAGCGCAAGAGAAGCUUGUCGCUAUUCCUAGUGAGACCGCGGUCUCAGCUUCUAUGCUCGACACCGGCAAUUUCGUUCUGUAUAACUCGAGGCGGGAUGUCAUAUGGCAGAGUUUUGAUUGGCCGACUGAUACCCUCUUGGCAGGUCAGCAUUUAUCACCAGACCAGCAGUUGUUCUCGAGCGCUUCUGCGAGCGACCAAUCAACCGGUAUCUUUCGCCUCAAAAUGCAAACGGAUGGAAACCUCGUGCAGUAUCCUGUAGAUACUCAAGACGGCACGAACUCUUACUGGGUGUCUGACACCAACGGAGUCGGUAACAAUGUGACACUAUAUCUCGAUAAUGAUGGUUAUCUCUACCUGUUGAACACAACAGGUGAAUAUGUAAAGAAUUUCACCACAAGUAGAGGACCUCCUGAAGAAGGAAUAAUCUAUCUCAUGAGACUUGACACGGAUGGGAUUUUCCGACUGUACUCGUACAACGCGACCCAGAAUGCCGAUCUGUCAGUGGUAUGGUCGUCUUCUGACGACAAAUGUAUCCCUUGGGGCUUAUGCGGGCUCAACGGGUUCUGUGCGAUGAACGAUCAGAACGCCGAGUGCAAGUGUCUUCCAGGAUUCGGACCUGUGAACCAGGGGAACUGGACAUCCGGUUGCCAGAGGAACUUCACGGCAGAGAGCUGCAUGAGAACAGACUCCGCCACUAGGCACACCAUUCAACCUGUCUCUAACACUGUCUGGGAUGAUGAUGCGUACGACGUUCUUACAUUCUCGACCAACGAAGAAUGUCAAAAGGCAUGUUUGCAGGAUUGCCAUUGCGAAGCCGCAAUAUACAAAACCCCAUCCUGCAGAAAGCAGAAGCUACCUCUGAGAUAUGGCAAGAGAGACCUUGACGACACGAGCAUACUCUUCAUCAAGGUAGGCGAAACUGGAUCUAAUGAGAAUGGAACGAAUGGCUUCAUGCCAGAGGGAAAGAAAAGACCUUUUCCGAGAGAUGUUCUAUUUGCAAUUGCAUCAUCUAUUGCUUUCGCAUUAGUCACCCUGGCAGUGUCGGGAUUCAUUGUUUACAGGUAUCAUGUUCGGCUAUAUGAAAUGCUUCCCAAGGAGGCAAAUGGUAGCAUAAUAGAGAAUCUUUCGCCGAGAUCAUAUACUUAUGAAGAGCUGAAGACAGUGACCAAAGAUUUUGCCGAAGAGAUUGGCAAGGGAGCAUUCGGAACAGUGUAUAAAGGCACGCUGUUGAAUAGCCCCAAGGUUGUAGCUGUUAAGAAACUAGAGAAGGUCUCAUCGGAUGGUGAAAGCGAAUUCCAAACUGAGGUGCAAAUUAUUGGGAGGACUCAUCACCGGAAUCUCGUCCAAUUGCUCGGUUAUUGUCUUGACGGACACAACAGGCUUUUGGUGUACGAGUACAUGAGCAAUGGGUCGCUCGCGGAUCUACUCUUCUCGCCCGAAAAACAACCUUGCUGGGAUGAUAGAGUGGGAAUUGCUCGGCAUAUAGCCAGAGGCCUCCUGUAUCUCCACGAAGAGUGUGAAACCCAGAUCAUUCACUGCGAUAUAAAGCCACAGAACAUACUAAUCGAUGAACAUAGGCGAGCGAAAAUAUCCGAUUUCGGAUUAUCAAAGCUGCUGAGACCGUAUCAAACCAACACCAUGACGAGGAUUAGAGGAACAAGGGGGUACGUCGCACCAGAGUGGCACAAGAAUUUGCCAGUGACGGUGAAAGUAGACGUUUACAGCUUUGGCGUCGUGUUGCAGGAGAUCAUCUGCUGCCGAAGAAGCUUGGAUUGGAGCCUUCCCGAUGAGGAAGCGGUUCUUGAAGAAUGGGUCUACAGCUGUUUCCAAGCGCGAGAGCUAGAGAAACUAGUCCAUGAUGAAUUGAUCGACAGAAGACAGUUGGAGAGAAUGGUUAAAGUGGCCCUUUGGUGCAUCCUUGAAGAGCCAUCGCUCCGUCCUUCGAUGAGGAAGGUGCUUCUGAUGAUGGAAGGCACAGUGGACAUUCCAAUACCUCCUUGUCCUACUUCCGUCCUCAGUGCUAUCUAGACUUUCGCCACAACUGCGCCGAU